AUGAUCGCGCAUUCCCAGCUUGCCGCAAUCGGCGGCGUCAGCACCUCAGUCAGCGCGGCCAUCCCGGGCCGCUCUGCGCGGCGACAUUCUCCUAGUUUUACACUCCAGCAAUGGGUUCCUGGAUUCUCGCCGUGCAUUCCGGUGCGUCUCGACGCGCAGUUCGUUAAGCCGACUCGGACAAUUUCGGUGCAAGCUCGAGCUCGAGCGUCGCUCCCUAACACCGAUAAAGCUUCCGAAUUCGAUUCAUGUCCACGCACGAUUCCGCAACAGGUUAACUUGGACGGCUCAGAUUUCACCUCGUCAGAGCAGCUAAUAGCGGAUGGCCUCCUCUCGCGACGUUCUCUCGUGGCGCUCUCGUCCGCCGCACUUACCGCUUCCUUACUCGCACCGCCUUCCACGUCAGCUUCCCCGGAUUCCACGUCACUCUCGCUAGGCCCUGCCGUCAUCCCCCCGUGCCCUCCGGGUUCUACGGUGGAGAUUCAAAUCGGUGAUAACUGCGGUCUUGGAGUCGCGAUUUACCCCGAUUUCAGCUACAGUCCCGGCGGCGUCAAGGGGGGAGGCGGCUCGGGAACCGCGACGGAUUUAGACGACGGGUCGGAUCGCGUCGAGAUAGUGUUCGACCCUCAGACUCUGAAUAUCCCCCCGUUGCGGUACGACACGACGCGGUUCCUGGGGCUUCCGCUUCCCCCGCCGCUUAAGAUUGACAUCGCUCCCGCGGCGCUAAGGGGAUACCUUGAGAGGUCCACUGGCAAGGUGGAGCUUACCUUCAUCUCUAAAUUCUUCUUCACAGCAGGACCCAUCUACACUGCACCACCGCUUACUGUAGAAACCACCUUAACCACAGAAAGCUCUGCUGGUCCCAUGCGUUCAGCAAAAGGCUCACGGCUUGACGCCUCUGGAAAAUGUACGCUAGUGGGAGUAGCACGUGUGCCUCCUGUCAAUGACGCCUUUCUGGACACUUUCUUGAUGCUCCCUACGGACGUUUUAGCCGUUUUGCCAGCGGAGCUGAGGUUCAAGCCAGCGGCUAGUGCAUAG